UAUUCGACUGAAAGACCAGAAAGACAAAAAAAGCGAAGCAAAUAAGCAAAACAUAAAAUUGGCGACCGACCAAAAACUAAAACACAAAGGCGCAUAAAAGCUUUGAAUCUUUGUCGAGUUGGUGAUAAUUGUUGGUGCCGACGUUGUUACAGACGAGAGACGACGGUCAAACUCAUAAUUAUUUCAUCAACAACAUUGCUGCAAAUCGAAGUCUCUCUUCACUUGAACGUAAAUUGAGUAUUUUCCGUGUUUUGCAAUGUCAUGAUAAUACAGUUAAUAUUUUCAUUUAACUUCUCGUCCGUAGAGUGGAUCGAAGACAUGGACUCGCAAAAUGAUACAUCGAGCCUUGCGUCGUCGACCAAUCGUCUCCUUCAGCAGGAGGGAUUCAAGUUGGAAAUCGCUGGCAAAAUUGAAGAAAUGACCAUGACCCUAUUGAACACCUUGGACAGAGAGUGCCAGCAAAAAUUGGUUUUCCAUGAGACUAUGCUGGAUGAAUUGGAAGCCAAAACCAACCAGAUCAUGAUACAUGUCUGCAAGCAGCAAAAGGGAAAACUAGCUGGCUUUUUGAACCAGCUGAAAGCUCAGUUGGAAGACAUGAAUGAAGAUAUGAAGGCCUUUGAACAGCAGCAAAGUCAAUUUGAGGAUUUGGUGAAAGGCUGCAAUUUUCUUUCACAUUCUGCCAUUCCCUUAAGUGAAACUGUCCCAGAACUAAAAAAGGCCAUCAAAACAGCCCACGAGGAGCUGAAAGCCGUGGAGGACCCACUUGCCUGUCAGGUAUCCCAAGUGCUGCAUGAAAUGCAGGAAGAAGUGGAUACAAAGAUUGCAGAAACCAAUGCUGCCAAUAUUCGUUUAUUGGUGUUGAGCAUUUAAAAUGUCUUCUCCGUCAAAAUAGAGAUUUGUAUGCCUGCAGUUUACUUUCUACUUAUGAGACCCGUGAAAAGGGAGUUCAUUUCUUUUGACCACUCACUCUGUUCAUAAUAAGAUUUAGCGGAAUAAAAUGUUUCAUUCGUUCAGGC